GAUAGAUUCACUUUUUAUAUAUAAAUACCUGUGCAAUAAACAUCAUAAACCAGAAACAUUCAAUACUUUCGGAUAUGGACUGGCCGAGACGGCCGAGCUGUAUAGAAGACAUCUUUACAAGCUGUCAAAUUAAAAUUGGUGAAUAGAUGGCCGCCUCGCUUCGGAAGUCAUGCUCAAAUUAUCAAAGGUACAGAAAGUGAAUACUCGGGUCGGUCAACAAAGUAACAAUCCGGUACAGCAACUGUCGGCAAUAUAGUUGAAGAAAGGCUCUUCUCAAUCCACAAAGUUCCCAAAAAUUCCUACUCUUUCGACAUCUGCAAUCAUCAAAUCUUCUAGACCAUCUAUCUACCUUUGUAGCAUCAAACAAAGCGAUAACAAGAUCCCAAUAAUGUCUUCUUCAGUUGAAUUCAAUUAUUCCUCACCACUCCGGAGAAGCGAUGGCCAUGUUUACCACAUGCCAAACUUCACAAACGAAUUAUGGCUCGCAAGAGCCAGAAAUGCAGAAGUCCCGGUGCUUAUCAAUGAUGCAAUUGGGUACCUAACGGCAGAGGAAGAUCGAUCGAUUCAGAUGAAUCGAAUUCCACCGAAUCAAAAAGUCUUCAUCAACCAGAAUGAGAAUGCUGUCUUUACAGCUCAACAGGUUGACUCGAAGGCGAUCAAAGAGGAACUACCUAGCUUCGUUAUGGAAGGUAUCUUGAAGCUGCGAAAGAUGUUUCUCCGCCGCGGAGAAGGAAAAGACUCUGACAAAAAUAGGUUCGAACAGAUUCUUAGAUCUGGAAGAGGAGGAAAGAGUCGGACGUACACUAUGGGAUGGUCUAUUCCACCUAACGCGGAUAGUGGCGGAGUUGCAACAGCAACGAAAGGUCACAUCAAGCAUUGUGAUGAACUUGCAGAAGCCACCCAAUUGAUCGCCAAGAUUUCACAAGCGAUCAUACGACACGCCACUCCUGCAGAAGAACUCAGAGUACUUGAGCUACAAUCUGAAAUCGAUGCAGCGUAUACAGUUGGCGAUGAGGAAAAUAGAAAUUUCUCAACCAUUCAGGUUAACUACUCCAAUGUGAACACGGUCUCCCUGUCCGUCGAGAUGGGAAAGUCUGGAUCGCUACACAUAGACGCGAAGGACGACCCAGCACGAAUGUCGGUGCUCCUGAAUCUAUCCAAUCUUGUUGAAGGUUGCUGGCCUGGAACAUUCACUCUAAUGUCACUUCGUGACUAUUGGGUGUUUGCACCGUGUGAUGCCCUAGUCUUCAGAGCAAGACAUCCUCAUUUUGGUAUUCCUCCAAGAAUGAUGGGAGACUCGCCGAGGGAACCAUACGUUGCACCAUUUCCUCAAUUGGCUUGGAUGGACCCACAACUAUACAAUUACUCGAGAUUGGUCCUCGUUUCCUACCCACAGAAGUAUUUGAUGAAUAUUGCGCCGGCUUUGAAACGAUACAAGAUGCCCGUUCAUUAUCAACAAGAGAAUCCAAUGGCCACUACCUUUCCUCAAGGAGAGGCUUUCGCACUUGCAGCAUGGGGAGCCCUAAGACAUCAGCACGAGAAACUGGCAAUGCAAGACGCUUGGCAUCUUGCUCGCCGCCACAGCAGUGGGUCGUUAGCUGUAUUGCCGUCGGCUAAAUCAAUCGCUAAGCGCGAAGCGUGGAAAGACGAAGACGGAAAUCUUGUUAUACCUCGAGUAGCAAGAAUCCAGGUGGUUUUGGAUGGAAAUUCCGCACAGUCUCGAGACUCUGAUCAAGCUAAAGCAUUCGCCAGGCUUAGGAAGAUAGCAAAAGCAUCACUCUCCCAAGACUACUUCGAGAAACGUUCGACACACACCGAUGCUCAAUAUGUUAGUGUGCUAGGUUCCUCACUCAUUAAACCUCCAGAUGUUGCACCCGAGAGAAAACUCACAAAAGCUGCCACUCAUGCAAUGUUUGGAGAGAAACCAUAUCAGUGUCCACUUUGUGACAGAAGAGUUCCGGAUUCCUUUUCUUUAAAAGCCCACUACAAGACUUUCCACAAGAAUGACGGUAUUGAAGGUCUUAAAAAUGUCGAGCCGACAAGAGAUCCAAAUCAUCUCAGGCAUCUACAAGAUGCAGGGUUUUCAAGUGUACCAGAGAACUCCGAGAAGUAUGGCAAACGCCGAAGAAUUUCUGACUCGCCGAGUGAUGAGCCACCAGCUCGGAAGAUCAAGGCCGAGAACCCGGAUGACGCUAUCGUGAUCUCUGAUGACGAGGAUGAUGAGAACGUUGCGGCUGCUUCCACAUGACUUAGGCAAAUAUAGCGAAGUCUUCGGGAAUUUGAGUAGUAUA